AUGGCGGCCAAACCCAACGGCGAUAAGAACGUGUUUCGGGUGCCCCCGUUCCACUACCUCCAUGUCUUGGACCAAAACACCAACGUCACCCGAGUGGAGCUGGGUCCCAUGACCUUUUAUCGCCAGGACAAUGAGGUCGUCAAGUUUGGCCCGGAAAAGAUGGUCACGGUGCCCCCGCGCCACUACUGCGUCGUGGAGAACCCCGUGGCUCGGACCAGCGAUGGCAACGUCGUGUACAUUGGCGGCACCAAGCAGGUCAAGCUGCGCCAUGCCGAGCAGGAGGUCCGCGUGGCCCAAGAUCCCUUCCCCCUCUUUCCCGGCGAGCAGCUGGCCACUCCCGUGACCCCACUCACGGUGGUCGAGACCAACUCGGCCCUUCGCCUCAAGGCCGUGCUCGACUUUGACGAUGAGACCAGCUCCGUUCAUCGCGUGGCCGGCGACGAGUGGCUCUUCGAGGGCCCCGGCACCUACAUUCCUCGCGUCGAGGUGCGCGUUGAGGAGCUCAUCAAGGCCUUUAUCAUCAUGCCCAACCAAGCCCUUCGUCUCCGCGCCCUCAAGGAAACCACUGACCGCUCCGGCACGAGCCGCGUCACUGGCGAGGAAUGGCUCGUCAAGGACACUGGUGCCUACCUGCCCGGCGUUUUCGAGGAGGUGCUGGACGUGGUCAACGCCUACGUUCUGACGGAGAAGCAGGCCCUGCACCUGCGCGCCACCCGUACCUUUGUGGAUGACCUCGGUACCACCCGCAAGACGGGCGAGGAAUGGCUCAUGACCAACGAGCACUGCGACACGCACAUUCCCUCCGUCUACUCUGAGGUGGUGGCCCUGGUCGAUAUUACCACCCUCACCAACCGUCAAUACGCCGUCAUUGUCAACCCCGUCGACGAGAAGGGUCACUCCCAACUCGGCGCCAAGAAGCUUGUCAAGGGCCCCGCCUCCUUCUUCCUCCAGCCCGGAGAGACUCUGGAGAAGGGCGUGCAGGACGUCUUUGUUCUGGGCGAGGACGAGGGCAUCAUCCUCCGUGCCGCCGAGACCUUCAAGGACACGGACCACCUCACCGGCAAGCCCGUGGAGCGCAAGCCCGGAGACCGCUGGAUGAUCCGCGGCCCUGCCGAGUACGUCCCCAGCGUCUCUGUGGAGGUGGUGACUCAGCGCAAGGCCAUCCCCCUCGACGAGAACGAGGGCAUCUACGUGCGCAACAUCACCACGGGCCAUGUCCGGGCCAUCAUGGGCAAGACCUACAUGCUGCAGGAGUGGGAAGAGCUCUGCGACAAGGAGUUGCCCGCUCAGGUGGAGGAACUCCUCAGCAACGACUAUGAUGUCGUGGCCGACCGCAACGGCAGCGGUGGUCGCCGUGGUGGGUCUGGCGGCGCCGGUGGUAACCGCAAGCGUGACAAGACUCGCGUCGUCACCUACCGUGUCCCCCACAACGCUUGCGUACAGAUUUACGACUACAAGCAGAAGCGGGCUCGUGUCUGCUAUGGCCCCGACCUGGUCAAGCUGGACUACGAUGAGCAGUUUACCGUCCUCUCCCUCUCGGGUGGCAAGCCCAAGAAGCCCCACCAAAUCAAGGCCCUGGCCCUCCUCCUGGGCCCCGACUUUGCCUCUGACAUUAUCACCAUCGAGACGUCGGACCACACUCGCCUCCAGCUUCAACUUAGCUACAACUGGCUCUUCCAGGUCAAGGACAAGUCGGACCAGAGCGAGGCCCAGCGCCUCUUCUCGGUCCCCGACUUUGUGGGUGACAUGUGCAAGGCGGUGGCUAGCCGCGUGCGUGGGGCAGUGGCCCAGGUGUCCUUUGACGACUUUCACAAGAACUCGGCCAAGAUCAUCCGCUCGGCUGUCUUUGGCGUGGAUGAGAAGGCACGUGUCCGUGACAAGGACGGCUUUGUCUUCCCGGCAAACAACCUGGCCAUCACCAGCAUUGACAUCCAGUCGGCCGAGCCCGUGGACCAGCGCACCCGCGAGGCGCUUCAAAAGUCGGUGCAGCUAGCCAUUGAAAUCACCACCAACUCGCAAGAGGCCGAGGCCCGCCACAAGGCCGAGCAUCGCGAGCAGCAGGCCAAGGGUGCUCUCGAGCGUCAAAAGAUCCAGGACGAGGCCCAGGCCGAACAGAGCCGCAAGGCCCUGCUCGAGCUCCAAGCUGAGUCGGCGGCCGUCGAGAGCACGGGUCAGGCCAAGGCCGAAGCUCAGUCGCGUGCCGAGGCCAACCGCAUUGAGGGUGAGGCCGCCGUCGCGCAGGCCAAGCUUCAGGCCGAAGCCCGCCGUAUCGAGGGUGAGGCCGAGUUGGCGCGCCUGCGCGCUGCCCGCGAGGCCGAACUCGAGUACAUCCGAGCCCAGAACGAGCUUGAGGUGGAGAAGUCCAAGCGCCUGAUGGACAUUGAAACCUCCAAGUUUGCCAACAUGGUCAGCGCAAUCACCCCGCAGACGCUGGCCGAGAUGGCUCGCGCUGGUCCCCAGAUGCAGGCCGAGCUCCUCAAGGGCCUGGGUAUCCAGAGCACUCUCAUUACCGAUGGUGCCACCCCCAUCAACCUCUUCAACACGGCCAGCGGCCUGGUUGGCGGCGCCCUUGCCAAGCCCAACUGA